GUCAUGUCUUCAAAAAUGUGUGUUGUUUCCCUUUUUAUUCUACUUUCCAUCAUCACCACCAGUCCUCUAGCCCAUGCUCAAUUGCCUAUUAACAUUGGUCCCAUUAUUCGUCCCAUUUUGGGUCCCAUUCCCCUUGUGGGUUCCAUUUUGGGGCAACCUGCACCACGUAUUGUACCACCCGUCGGUCAAGUAGCACAUGUUGGUCUUGGUCAAUUACCGAUUGUUGGUUCUAUUCUCAGUCCAAUUGUUGGUCCUAUUCUUGGCCAACCGAUUGUACCACCUGUUGGUGGUCAAGUACCACCGAUUAUACCAACGAAUAUUAAUUUAACUAUAUUGGGAGUUUGUCUUGCUCCGUACCGGGAAGUAAUGCCCCAGGCGUCGGAGUGAGUGGAGCAAAUGUAACGAUUAUUUGUGGCAACACAACGAUUGCUCAAGUGUCCACAAAUAGUCAAGGCAUUAUUAAUGCUGCAGUGUCCACCAAUACAAGUCUUCUGUCAGGAACAUGUAUUGCAAGGAUUCCUCUCCCAAUUGCUAAUUGCACUUUGACUCCAACCACAGAAAAACUUGUAGCUCCUGUUAUCCUUAUUGGAAACUUACUUCAGGAUGUGGUGGGUCAAACUUUGGCAGCAAGUUUGGGGAUACUUACAUCUCUAGAAACCGUCACUAUUACCUAGGACUACUCCAUCAUCACUCACUCACACACACCUAAAUAAAUGAAGUGAGUAUAUAUAUACAAAAAAAAACCUCAUCCAUCUCUUAAUUAAUUAUGUAUCGUAUCUAAUAUUUUAUAAUAAAUAAAUGGCGAGAUUGGAUAAUAUUUUAACUA